AGAUGUUGGCUCGGUCAUGGGACAUGUACACUGAUCAUCAAGGCACUGAUGAUCAGUGUAGCCCCAGCAGUGUGACCUGUCAGUGUCCAUCAUUGCCAGCUCUCAAUGCUCAUCUAUGCCACCUGCCAGUGCCCAUCAGUGCCACAUCAACGCCACAUAUCAGUGCCUACCAGUGCACAUCAAUGCCACAUAUCAGUGCCCAUCUGAGCUGCCUUUCAGUGUCACUCAUCAGUGCCAGUCAGUGCCACCUAUCAUUGCCGCCAAUCAGUGCCACCUAUCAGUGCCAGUCAGUGCCGCCUAUCAGUGCCCAUCAGUGCUGCCUAUCAGUGCCGCCUAACAGUGCCAGUCAGUGCCACCUAACAGUGCCAGUCAGUGCCAUAUAUCAGUGCUGCCUUUCAGUGCCCAUCAGU